GGGCUGCUGACGCAGGUGGACUGAAACCAGGGUGAGCCGGAGGACAAUAAAAGGUGUAUGAAGUACCCAUUUUGUGUGGACCGCAUAGUAUUCACACAUCUUCAGCUGCUGCCCUUCAGGGAAGAGAGUCUGUCUUUACAGCAUAUCAAAGAUGAAGAGGUCCUAUGCGAUUUUGCUUGUGUCUCUCAUCUUUGGCACAAUGUUCUCUGAGACUAUUGGGAUUGUUAUUGCGGCAAAGGAUAAAAGGGGAUGGACUCUCAAUAGUGCUGGCUACCUGUUAGGUCCCCGUCGGAUUGAUCAUCUAAUUCAGAUAAAGGAUUCACCCAGUGCCAGAGGCAGAGACAAGCCGAUCACUCAAUAUGGUAUAGAUGGUUAUGGAGCACUGGGAGAUAAGCCUGGUCUUGCUGGGAAGAGAGACAUGGACUGGGAGGAAAACGUCCUAACAGGUAGCCAAAGAAAAGCGGAAGAGGACAUUGUCCACACUGUCAUUGACUUCCUGACAUACCUCAAAUUUAAAGAAAUGGGAGCCUUGCAAAGUGUGACUUCUUCUGUAACAUCGGAUGAAAUGGCCAACCCAUAGCCACAUCACUCUCUGCUGUCCACCCUUCUUUACCCAACAUUUUGUUUUUGCCGAUAGAACCUCAGUUAACUUUAGAGCAGGGAUGUCCAAAGUUUGAUGAUCAAAUUGUAACGUCCGGGCAGACCCAGAAUUUGUUUUCUGCAUUGUAUUAGUUUUAUAUUGAGCUUUCCUAGAUUUAGCUUACUGGAGAACAGUGAGGAGAAAACAAAUUGGAGGAAGUACUCAAUGUGACAAAAUUAGGAGUUUUUAAAGAUGACUAAUAUAUGUCAUGAUUCUUCCUGAAAUGCAACACAAUUUAUUUCUAUAUUUUAUACAUAUCCUAGAUGUCCGUACAAACUGGCCACAAAGUGUGAUCUUAUCCUGAUAGAAGUCAAUAGUGAAACAGACUCCAUUAAACUACAUGUUAGCAUUCACACUGUAGGUCAAUGACCUUUGCAACAGUUAAAUGGAGCCAGGAGUCAGCCACCAUAGGGUCCAAUUGUAAUAUAAGACAGGAGACAGGAGGUGUUGGUUAAAUCUACCCGGCCCAAUGAAAAACACGACAGUUUUUAUUUUUAUGUUCUUAAGAAGCAAUGCCAAAUUGUAUUCAUGCUGAGACCAAAUGUUUAGACUGUACAUGGAGAGAAAGUUGGGGACUGUUGCUCUUCUCCUGAGGAUUGGCCAUUGUCCAAUCAAUCUCUGUAAUUAGAACUAUAAAUUCUCCUCAUAAAAAAAACUGUCAAUUGAUACUACGGGUACCUUCUCCAGGUUGUCUGUUUCCGAUCCUUCCACGGAUGAUCAUUGAGAUUAAUAUCAGAGUGCUUCAGAAUAGUCUGAUGUUUUGUUGUCAGUCAUUCUAAGCUAUUUUAACUGUGUUUUGGGUCAUUGUCAAAACUCAGUUUUCUGAGAUUGGUCAGCCAUUUAGGUGUAUUCUUCAUAGUCUUAAUAUUUCACCCUGCAGAAUUUCCAAACACACUGUAGCAACGCAGUUCCUGAAUAUAAAGUAAUGCGUUACUCCAUGUUUUACUGUCGGUGCACUGAUUGGUUUGUUUUAGUGUGUUUAAUAAAUUAAAGAUAAAGAAUUUCAAUGGCAUUCUUUGAUUUUUUAUUUUUGGACAGCCCUGCUUUAGGGGAUAUAUGUUGGUAUUUCCUACACUUGUUGUAUUUAGCAAAGCUUGGUUGUCUCCCAGAACCGAUGAUAUCAACUGAUGAUAUGAGAUUACACAUGAUGAUGAUUCAAUGUAGAACACCGAUUCUUGCUUCUGUACUUUAAUAUCCUA